AUGGCCGAGUCCACUUAUGACCAGUACGAGGGUUUCCAGGUGGAAUCACCCGCAACGUACAAGACCUUUCACAGGAAAAAGUUCAACACCAAACCCUUUGGUGAGCUUGAUGUCGAGAUCCAGAUCGAGUGCUGCGGUGUUUGCAGCAGCGACAUUCAUACCAUCAAUGGCGGCUGGGGCCAAACCAACUUUCCCCUCGCCGUUGGCCACGACAACGGGGACUUAGAGAUCGUCGGAAAAGCCCUGAGAGUUGGAAGCAGGGUCACCAAGAUCAAGGCCGGUCAGCGUGUCGGUGUGGGUGCCCAGUCCUGGUCCUGCAUGGAGUGUGUCGCCUGUCUCAACGACAAUGAAACGUACUGUCCCAAGCAGAUGGACACGUACGGUGCCGUCUGGCCAGACACCGGCAUCGUCACCCAGGGCGGCUUCUCGUCCCACCUCCGGACCCAUGAGCAUUGGGUCUUCCCCAUUCCCGAUGCCAUCCCCAGCGAACUCGCAGCACCCAUGCUCUGCGCCGGAAUCACAAUGUACAGUCCUCUCGUGAGGAAUGGCGCUGGCCCCGGCAAGAAGGUUGCCAUUGUCGGCCUCGGUGGCCUCGGCCAUUACGGUGUCAUCUGGGCCAAGGCCCUCGGCGCCGAAACCUGGGUCAUCUCGCGCUCCCAUGCGAAAAAGAAAGAUGCCGAGAAGAUGGGCGCCGACGGCUUCCUCGCCACGCAGGACCAGGGCUGGAACGAGGCUCACAAGAUGACAUUUGACCUCAUCAUUAGCACUGCCAACAGCUUUGGCGGCGGAUUCGACCUCCAGGCCUACCUGCAGCUGCUCAAGGUUCACGGCAAGUUCGUCUCGACCGGUGUCCCGGAGGAGUCCAAGCUCGAAAUCACGCCGCAGAUGCUUAACUUCAACGGCUGCUUUGUCGGUGCUUCUCACCUGGGUAGCCGGCGAGAGAUGCUGGAUAUGUUGGAGCUUGCGGCAAAGAAAGGCGUCAAGUCGUGGGUCGAAACCUUGCCCAUCAGUGAGGAAAACCUCUCCCAAGCUGUGCAGCGGUUGGAGAAGAACGAUGUGCGCUACCGUUUCACAAUGGUGGAUUACGACAAGGCUUUUCAGGAGAGAAGCUGA